AUGACGAACGAGGAGCCAGUGCCCCUGCACGGCAAGGCUGUGUUCGAUGCAGACCUCUAUGGCGGAGCAGAGGGCGGAAACGGCUACACGGCCUCAAUCGCCAUGGAGGAGGAGGAUGAACAGGACGAUAGGGAGCGUCUGGUGGCCGGGAAGCUGGCGUCAUAUACGGCCCCGAAAUCGGUGCUGAACGACAUCCCCGUGUCCGACGAUGGUGAUCAGGCUGGGUCCUUUGGCGGCUCCAACCGCAUCGUGGACCGGGAGAGUGAGUACUCUCGCCGCCGGCUCAACCGCAUCAUUUCCCCCGACCGCAACGACGCCUUUAAUAUGGGCGACCAGACCCCCGACGCGCGGGUCCGCACCUACGCCGACGUCAUGCGCGAGGCGCAGCUGGCGCGGGAGCAGGACAACACGCUGCGCAACAUCGAGCUGAAGCGGCGCGCGGAGGAGGACGCCGCGGCGCUUGCGGCGCUGGACGCCGUGCCCACCAAGGCCUCGGGCCUGGCGCCGCCAGUCGCUGCGUCAGCCGCCACCGCGCCGGCGUCCAGCGCGGGCAAGCGCAGCCGGUGGGACGCGGGCGACGCCGCCGCGCGACCCGCCGCGUCCAAGUGGGACGCGGUGGAGGCGACGCCCAGCGCGCCGGCGGACGCGUGGGGCGCUACCCCGGCGCCCGGCGCGUCCAAGUGGGACGCGGGCGAGGCCACUCCCGGCGCGGGCGCACGGCGCAAUCGCUGGGAUGCCACGCCCGCCGACGAGGCGGCGGGAGGGAAGCGCAGCCGGUGGGACGCCACGCCCGCCGCGCUGUACCACGCGCUCAAGGUGGAGCGCGAGACGGAGGCGCGCAACCGCCCGCUGAGCGACGCCGACCUGGACGCGCUGCUGCCCGGCGCUGGCGACGGGUACCGUGUGCUGGAGGCGCCGCCCGGGUACGAGCCUAUCCGGACCCCGGCGCGCAAGCUGGCGGCGACACCCACGCCCUACGGCGGCACCCCGCUCUAUGGCAUCCCCGAGGAGGACCGGGGCCAGGCCUUUGACGUGCCCAUCGCCCUGGAGGGCCUGCCCGACCUCAAGCCCGAGGACCAGCAGUACUUUGGCAAGCUGCUGCAGGAGGUGGACGACGGCGAGCUGAGCGUGGAGGAGGCCAAGGAGCGGCGCAUCAUGAAGCUCCUGCUCAAGGUCAAGAACGGGACGCCGCCGCAGCGCAAGUCGGCGCUGCGGGCGCUGACCGACAAGGCGCGCGACUUUGGCGCGGGCGCGCUGUUCAACCAGAUCCUGCCCCUGCUCAUGUCGCCCACGCUGGAGGACCAGGAGCGCCACCUGCUGGUCAAAGUCAUCGACCGCGUGCUGUUCAAGCUGGACGACCUGGUGCGCCCCUUUGUGCACAAGAUCCUGGUGGUCAUCGAGCCGCUUCUGAUCGACGAGGACUACUACGCGCGCGUGGAGGGGCGCGAGAUCAUCGCCAACCUGGCCAAAGCUGCGGGGCUGGCCUCCAUGAUCGCCGCCAUGCGCCCCGACAUCGACAACGUGGACGAGUACGUGCGCAACACCACCGCCCGCGCCUUCUCCGUCGUCGCCAGCGCCCUGGGGAUACCCACGCUGUUGCCUUUCUUGAAGGCUGUCUGCCAGAGCAAGAAGUCGUGGCAGGCGCGGCACACGGGCAUCAAGAUCGUGCAGCAGAUCAGCAUCCUCAUGGGCUGCGCUGUACUGCCCCACCUGCGCGCCCUGGUGGACAUCGUCAAGGGCGGGCUGGCCGACGAGAACCAGAAGGUGAAGACCAUCACCGCGCUCACCGUCUCCGCGCUGGCGGAGGCGGCCGCGCCCUACGGCAUCGAGUCCUUCGACGAUGUGCUGGAGCCGCUGUGGAAGGGCAUCCGCCUGCUGCGCGGCAAGGUGCUGGCAGCCUACCUCAAGGCCAUCGGCUUCAUCAUCCCCCUCAUGGACGCCAUGUACGCCAACUACUACACGCGGGAGGUGAUGGUGGUGCUGCUCCGCGAGUUCGCCACGCCCGACGAGGAGAUGAAGAAGAUCGUGCUGCGCGUGGUCAAGCAGUGCGUGGCGACCGAGGGCGUGGAGCCCGACUACAUCCGCACCGAGGUGCUGCCGGAGUUCUUCAAGCACUUUUGGGUGCGGCGCAUGGCCCUGGACCGCCGCAACUACCGCGUGCUGGUGGAGACCACGGUGGCCAUUGCGGAGCGCGUGGGCUGCGCGGAGAUAGUGGGGCGGGUGGUGGAGGACCUGAAGGACGAGUCGGAGCCGUACCGGAAGAUGGUGAUGGAGACGGUGGACAAGGUGAUCGCGUCCCUGGGCACCGCCGACAUCGGCGCAGCCCUGGAGGAGCAGCUCUUUGACGGCGUGCUCUACGCCUUCCAGGAACAGGUGGCUGACGAGAGCCCCGUGGUCCUCAACGGCUUCGGCACGGUGGUGAAUGCGCUGGGCACCCGUGCCAAGCCCUACCUGCCCCAGAUCGCGGGCGUGAUCAAAUGGCGGCUGAACAACAAGUCGGCCAAGAUCCGGCAGCAGGCCGCCGACCUGAUCGCGCGCUGCGCGCCCGUCAUGAAGCGCUGCGACCAGGAGGGCCUGCUGGCCCACCUGGGCGUGGUGCUGUACGAGAACCUGGGGGAGGAGUACCCCGACGUGCUGGGGUCGGUGCUGGGCGCGCUCAAGGCCAUCGUCAACGUCAUCGGCAUGACGCGCAUGACGCCGCCCAUCAAGGACCUGCUCCCGCGCCUGACCCCCAUCCUGAAGAACCGGCACGAGAAGGUGCAGGAGAACUGCAUCGACCUGGUGGGGCGCAUCGCCGACCGCGGCGCAGAGUUCGUCCCCGCCCGCGAGUGGAUGCGCAUCUGCUUCGAGCUCCUCGACAUGCUCAGGGCGUUCAAGAAGGCCAUCCGCCGCGCGGCGGUCAACACGUUUGGCUACAUCGCCAAGGCCAUCGGGCCCCAGGACGUGCUGGUCACGCUGCUGAACAACCUCAAGGUGCAGGAGCGGCAGUCCCGCGUCUGCACCACCGUGGCCAUCGCUAUCGUGGCGGAGACCUGCGCGCCCUUCACCGUGCUGCCCGCGCUGAUGAACGAGUACCGCGUGCCGGAGCUGAACGUGCAGAAUGGGGUGCUGAAGAGCCUGAGCUUCCUGUUCGAGUACAUCGGGGAGAUGGGCAAGGACUACAUCUACGCCGUGACGCCCCUGCUGGAGGACGCGCUGACCGACCGCGACCUGGUGCACCGCCAGACCGCGGCCUUUGUCAUCCAGCACAUGAGCCUGGGGGUGACGGGGCUGGGGUGCGAAGACGCGCUGCUCCACCUCCUCAACCUGGUCUGGCCCAACGUGUUUGAGACCUCGCCACACAUCGUCCAGGCCGUGACCGGGGCCAUCGACGGCUGCCGCUGCGCCCUGGGGCCCGCCACCAUCCUCAACUUCCUCCUCCAGGGCCUGUUCCACCCGGCGCGCAAGGUGCGGGAGGUGUACUGGCGGCACUACAACAACCUGUACAUCGGGUCCCAGGACGCCCUCACCGCCUUCUACCCGCGCAUGGAGGACGAGGGCAUCAACACCUACGCCCGCGCCGAGUUGGACGUGUUCAUCUGA